AUGUAAUUGCUUUAAAAAAACUAUUAUAAGACUCAAAAUCAAAAAGCUCAUCUGAAAGAAUCCUAAAAUAACUUUAUUUUCAUAAGAAAAAUAAAUCUGAGGAAUAUUAAAAUAUAAGAACAAGCUUAAACUAAAUAAUGUUAAAAUUCCUUCAACUAAUAACAAUAUAAUCCUAUCAAAAUUAGAACACUAUUUAUAUUUAUAUAUUAAGUAACAUUAAACAAAACUGCUGACAGAUAUAAAUAAGCAUUGCAAGAUAUGUUCAUCUUAAAAUAAUAUUAAUACUGUAUGAAAAAACGUUGUUCUCAAAAUAUCUAAAGUAAUAUAUCUUAAUUCUAGCCUUUUUACUGAAAUAUUUUUUUACUUAACUUAAUUGAAUAAACUUAAUGAUUUUAAUGAAAAGCUAAUGUACAUGAAUAAUAUUAAGGUUGCAAAAAUAGAUGUUAAAACACUCCUUAAAUUGUUUAUUUAAUUAUAAUAAAGUUAUAAAAUCACUUUGAAUAUUAAAUCCCAAGAAUUAAUAUAAAAGAGUUGUAUUAUUUAAUCAUAAUUUUAAAGAUAUCUUGAUUUCAUUAAUGAUUUGAUACAACUUCUUAAACUUAUUUGUAAAUUAAUUAUUGAAAUUUAAAUCUUAGAUUUUUAAGUAUUUUAGUGCUACAAUAUAUAUUUCGUUAUAUAAAAAAGCAUAGAAUAAAUUUUUUUUGCCACAAAAGGUAGUGUUACCAAUCCUAAAAACUAAAUUAAUUAAGGUAGAAUAUUGGUAAAAAGAUCAGCUUCUAUAUUAUAUAAUUUAAAUUUUCCACUAAGAUCGAUUUAUUUUUCUUUUCUUGUUAUAAGAUUUAUGUAAUCAUCGAUUUCAAAAACUUUUAAAUAAGACGUUAUAGAUAACAAAUCAUAUGCUUAAAAAUAUAUCUAGAGAUUUUCUGGGUAGUCUACAGUAAUAAAUCUUAAGUAUUAUUGAUAUUAUAAAAGAUUCAGUGUUUCUACAACAAUCUAACUUUCACCAGCAACUAAAGAAAUUACAGAUAAAGAAAUUGCUCCUAUCAUCAAAAUUUUAUUUGUUUUUUAAGCACUUGCAGAUGUUGA